AUGACUACCUACCUUUGCUUCCUAGCUCUUUUCGGCUUAGUUUCUCCGGAACCCAGAAAAAAUGUUGAUUGUUUCAAAGAGUUGGGGCAAAACCAGCUUGAAGAGAAACACCGCAAUGCUCUGAUUCGUGCUCUCAAAAAUGAAAAUUAUUGGAUGAAGUAUGACUGCAAAUUUGAACUGUAUGCACGUAAUGCCUUAAACAACACAGAACCCAGCAAUGCUUCUACCUCCGAAUACGAAAGUGAAGAUGUCAGAUCAGUAGAUAGAUUUUUGAGAGAUGGGGUCAAACAACUAGGCUUAGGACUUUUUGAUAAAGCAGGAUGUUACUACGCAGUGGUGAAAAACAAGCAUAAGCUCAUUUGCGCUUACCAGUGA